AUGUCAUUCAAGUUGUUGUUAGUGCUUAAAUAGAUAAGCAUUGGGUAAAAAUCAAUGCAAGAUGAUUUAAAUAAUAUAUAUGCAGAGAAGUAUUCAAUGUUUCCAAGAGUUUCAUCCUCAGAUUAGAUGUAAAUCAAAUAAUAUUUUGACAUUUCGUUUGAUGAAAGUGAUUCAGAAGUUUGCUGUUAAAAUGAUGUAAUUCUAUCUCUCAAUUAUAAUAAUAGGAAUAAAUUGAUUGGGUAAAUAACAGAAUCUACAGGAGUUUUCUGA